AGCACGAGUCACCUAGUUUACCGUUGAGACUUUGCCAAACACGCUCUGUUUCAUCUCCUCCAUGUGGUCUCCUACACUCUCCAUGUGCACUCUUAGUCCACCCCGGCAUGUAGACGUUCAAGUCGCCUCAAAAUUUCACCUUCUCUCAACCGGCCUUACUUUAACCCUUGUAAUUGGAACGGGUGACCCGGAUACAAAUACUCCAUGUCAGAAAUUUCCUCCAUCCCCGCCAUAUAAUCCCCUCAAUCUUCAUUCCACCUUUCUCUUUUCAUCAUUCCCUUCAUAGACCCUACUCAAAAAAGCACCAAAGAUCGCAGCUUUCCUCUCAAUUCCCCGUUUCUGAUCAAGAAGCAUGAAGAAACCGUAUUUGGGUUCUAUUCUUUUCCUCAUUUUUCUUCUCUCUUUCGCUUUCCAUGUCCACUCUCAGUCCACCCCCGAUGCGGCAGCCAUGCAGGCACUCAAGGCCAGCCUCAAAAUUCCACUUUCACUUGACUGGUCUGACUCCAACCCUUGUAAUUGGGCAGGGGUUCAGUGUUCUUCCAGCAGUAAUCGGGUCACCUGGAUCCAAAUACUCGGCAAGAACGUCACAGGCACUCUGCCUCCUGAUCUCAGGAACCUCUCUGCUUUGACAAUUUUCGACGUCAGGUGCAAUCAGCUCACCGGAGCCAUCCCGAGUCUCGCGGGUUUGAGCUCAUUGCAGGGAGCCAAUUUUUUCAAGAACAAUUUCACUUCAUUCCCUGCUGAUUUCUUCACGGGAUUGACUUCUUUGCAGACUGUGUAUCUUGAUUACAACCCCUUUGCGCCUUGGGAGAUUCCGGCCAGUCUCAAAGAGGCCACCGCCUUGCAGAGUUUUUCCGCUGUCAGUGCUAAUCUCACUGGGACGAUCCCGGACAUCUUUGGCUCCGGUACUUUUUCUAACCUGAGUCAAUUUUAUUUGUCCUUCAACCAGCUUGAGGGAGAACUGCCUGCUUCGUUUUCCGGUUCCAUGAUUCAGUCUUUGUUUCUAAAGGAGGUGAACCUUAGCGGUUCAAUUCAAGUCUUGCAGAACAUGACUUCUUUGACUGAGGUAGCGUUGAAUGGAAACCAUUUUACCGGUCCCUUGCCAGAUUUUUCGCAGUUAGUCCAGUUGGCAUAUUUGAGUUUGAGCUAUAACCAGUUUACUGGUGUCGUUCCUAUGUCUUUAGUUGAUUUACAGUCCCUUUAUGUUAUCAAUUUGACAAAUAAUUUGCUUCAAGGCCCUACCCCUAAGUUUGCUACUGCUCGGGUAGAUACGGGUACUAAUAGAUUCUGCUUGAGUGAUCCUGGUGUUGCUUGCGAUAACCGUGUUAAUAUAUUGUUAUCUAUUGUGGAAGCAAUGAGUUACCCUGUUAUUUUAGCUGAAAGUUGGAUAGGGAAUGAUCCCUGUAAUUCAUGGAGAGGGAUCACGUGCAAUUCUAAUGGAAACAUAACGGCAGUUAAUUUUAAGAACUUGGGGCUCUCCGGUACGAUUUCUUCUAAUUUCUCAAUGCUCACUCAAUUGACAACUUUGGAUUUGUCCAAUAAUGGUCUCACUGGCACAAUACCAUCUGAGCUCACAAACCUGGCUAGUCUCAGUAGGCUUGAUGUUUCAAAAAACAAUCUUUAUGGUAAAGUACCAACAUUCAAGCAAAAUGUGGAUGUCAUAACCGCUGGGAACCCGAACAUGGGAAAAGAUACUCCCCCACCUCCUGCUUCUCCUGCCACACCUGAUGGUAGUGGUGGAGGUAGUCCUGCUAGUAGCCAAAAGAAAUCACAAACAGCGAAGGUCGCGGGUUCUGUGGUAGGUGCUCUUAGUGGAUUGGGUGCUAUUGGAAUGGUCAUCUGUUUGUAUGCUAGAAAACAAAAGCAUUCAAGUACGGUACAAAGCCCUAAUGCAGUGGUGACACAUCCCCGUCAUUCUGGUGAUCAAGAAGUGGUUAAGGUCAUAUCGACUCAAGUUUUGAGGACUGUCACCAAUAACUUCAGCGAGCAAAAUAUUUUGGGAAGAGGUGGUUUUGGUACAGUCUAUAAAGGAGAAUUGAACAAUGGGACAAAGAUUGCCGUGAAAAGAAUGAAGUCAAGUAUUAUGAAUGAGAAGGCUUUGGCAGAGUUUAAGUCUGAGAUUGCAGUUCUUACGAAGGUUCGUCACCGCAAUUUAACCGCACUUCUUGGAUAUUGUCUGGAUGAAAAUGAGAGGCUUCUUGUGUAUGAGUACAUGCCCCAAGGCACCCUCAGUAGGCAUCUAUUCAACUGGAAGGAGCAAGGUUUGAAACCACUUGAGUGGACUAGACGACUUACAAUUGCCUUGGAUGUGGCUAGAGGGCUUGAAUACCUUCACGGUCUUGCACGUCAGAGCUUCAUUCAUCGGGAUCUCAAGCCGGCCAAUAUUCUUCUUGGAGAUGAUAUGCAUGCCAAAAUAGCAGAUUUUGGCUUGGUUCGUCUAGUUCCAGAUGGAAAAUAUUCAGUUCAUACAAGGAUAGCGGGUACUUUUGGGUAUUUAGCUCCAGAAUAUGGAGUCACUGGACGAGUGACCAAGAAGGUGGACGUGUUUAGCUUUGGUGUAAUCCUCAUGGAAUUGAUCACUGGCCGAAGGGCACUUGAUGAAACCCAGUCGGAGGAUAGCUUAUACAUUGUAGCAUGGUUCCGUAGGAUGCACAUUAACAAGGAUACAUUCCAGCAGGCCAUAGACACAACCAUUGAGCUUGAUGAGGAUGCACUUGCCAGUAUUAGCACCGUGGCUGAGCUCGCUGGCCAUUGCUCUGCAGAAGACCCCAACCAGAGGCCACACAUGGGUCAUACAGUCAAUGUGUUGUCAUCACUAGUUGAGGUCUGGAAACCAGCAGAACCUGAUUCCAUUGACUCCAAUAAUGACACGUAUGGAACUGACUCUGACAUGACCAUACCGCUGGAAUUGAUAGACACAGGCAAGGUUAUUGAAGGAAAUUGGGAGUAUAUAUAGAUGAUCCUUCGUUACCCUUUGGUAAUUGGUACUACGAAUGCAGAUGAACUUUGUUACAAUCUCUGAUCUCUCCACAACCCCAUUUAUAUAUAUAAGAGACUGCUUUACACAACUAAAUGAUUAAUAAAGCAAAUAGAUCCUU